AUGAAUAUGUUUUCAAUCUUACUCGUUCUUUAUUUAACUGUCUUACAUGUCAGUACAAUACCUGCGCAAAUCCCAUAUAAUCCUAAUAGAACAAAUGGUGGUUUAAUUACAAAUGGAAAAUUAAAUGAUGAACCAAUGUGUAAAACAGAUGAUGGACAACUUGAAAUUCCUAUUAAUAGUAAAUUUCGUUCACUUAUUAAUACUUGUAAAGUAUGUACAUGUACUGCUACGGGUUUAUUAUGUGAAGAUCAAUGCGAAACACCUCCUCCCACUACUACUACUACUACUUCGACAACUACAACAAUUGGUCCUACAGAAAGUACUACAACUACUUCUACAAGUUCGUCUACGUCAUCAAUCGAUCAAAGCAUAGUGUCAUCUACUUUACCAAUUGGUUUCUUACCAAGUUCUACUUCAAAUGGUGGUCUUAAUACAGGUUCAACACCACCAAUGGGUAGUGCAGAUAAUGAUACAGCAAGCAGUGCAUGUGCACGAGCAAUGGCUGCCCGUGACUAUGCAUUUGUUGAUUGUAGCGAAGUUUAUUUAGCUGGAAAACGUACAAGUGGAAUUUAUGAAAUAUGGCCUCGUACAAGUCCUAAACCAUUUCGUGUAUUAUGCGAUAUGGAAAGAGAUGGUGGAGGAUGGACAGUUCUUCAACGUCGUGGUGAUUAUAGUCAACAAUCAAAUUUUUUUGUUUCAUGGUCAUCAUAUAGACGUGGUUUUGGUGAUUUAACACGUGAUUUUUGGCUUGGAAAUGAAAAAAUUCAUACAUUAACAAAUCAAGAUGAAUAUCGUCUUCAUAUUGAUUUAGAAGAUUUUAAUAAUCAAACACGUUUUGCUGAUUAUGAAUGGUUUUUUAUAACAAAUGAACAAACAAAAUAUACAUUAAAUUUAGGUCGUUAUGUACAAACAUCAACUGGUGGCGAUUCAUUAGCAUAUAAUCGUGGUAUGCGUUUUUCAACACGUGAUCAAGAUUAUGAUCAAUCAGCAGGUCAUUGUGCAGAAAAUUAUCAUAGUGGUUGGUGGCAUGCAGGAUGUACAUUAGUAAAUUUAAAUGGACUUUAUUUACGUGGAAAUGAUACAACUGCAACAGGUGUUUUUUGGAAUAAUUGGUUAGGUGCAAAAUAUUCAUUAAAAUCAUGCGAAAUAAAAGUGAGACCAGUUGGUUUUAAUACAGAAAUGCUCUCGUGA